GCAAUGUGGGUUUUAAAGACGGAAGCUGAAGAGUGAAGAAGAACAAAAGAUUUUUGAGAGAGAAAAGUAGAGUCACUCCAAAAUUGUUCUCUCGCAAUCUUCUUUCUCGGUUUCCUCUUUUAAGAAAAAGUCCGCCAUUUUCACUCUCACUCAGAUUUCUUCCCUCUUCUCACCUGCAAAAACCCUUGUUUCCCGCUGUUUCGUUUCUUCUCCGGUUGAGGAACCAAAACGGGUCAAAUACGCAGCUGAAUCAUCGAAUUCUUAGGGUUUUUUCAUGGAGGAAGAAUCUACAUCAGAGAUUCUUGACGGAGAGAUUGUUGGAAUCACAUUUGCUCUUGCUAGUCACCAUGAAAUAUGUAUUCAAUCGAUUAGUGAAUCCGCAAUUAAUCAUCCCAGUCAACUCACUAACGCAUUCUUGGGGUUACCUCUUGAAUUUGGUAAAUGUGAAUCUUGCGGUGCGACAGAACCAGAUAAAUGUGAAGGUCAUUUUGGUUAUAUUCAGCUUCCAGUGCCAAUAUACCAUCCUGCUCAUGUUAAUGAGUUGAAACAAAUGCUGAGCCUUCUGUGCUUGAAAUGUCUGAAGAUAAAGAAGGCAAAGGGCACAAGUGGUGGUCUGGCGGAUCGCUUGUUGGGUGUCUGUUGUGAGGAAGCUUCGCAAAUCUCAAUCAAAGAUAGAGCAUCAGAUGGUGCCUCAUAUCUAGAACUGAAGCUCCCAUCUAGGUCAAGACUGCAGCCUGGUUGCUGGAAUUUCCUGGAAAGAUAUGGUUAUCGCUAUGGAAGCGAUUACACGCGUCCCCUGCUGGCAAGAGAGGUUAAGGAAAUUCUAAGACGGAUCCCCGAAGAAUCAAGAAAGAAACUCACGGCAAAGGGACAUAUUCCUCAAGAAGGAUACAUACUAGAGUAUCUUCCUGUCCCGCCUAACUGUUUGUCAGUGCCAGAGGCUUCUGAUGGUUUCAGCACCAUGUCAGUGGAUCCUUCCAGAAUUGAGCUAAAGGACGUUCUGAAGAAAGUCAUAGCCAUAAAAAGCUCUAGGUCUGGCGAGACAAACUUUGAGUCGCAUAAGGCUGAAGCCAGUGAGAUGUUUAGAGUGGUGGAUACCUAUCUCCAGGUGAGGGGUACUGCAAAAGCGGCAAGAAACAUUGAUAUGAGAUACGGGGUGUCUAAGAUCUCGGAUAGUUCAUCUUCAAAAGCUUGGACAGAAAAAAUGAGAACACUUUUCAUCCGUAAGGGUUCAGGUUUCUCUUCCCGUAGCGUCAUCACUGGAGAUGCUUACCGACAUGUGAAUGAGGUAGGGAUCCCAAUAGAAAUUGCGCAGAGAAUCACAUUUGAGGAAAGGGUUAGUGUCCACAAUAGAGGUUAUCUACAAAAGUUGGUAGACGACAAGUUGUGUUUGAGUUAUACUCAAGGUUCUACGACCUAUUCUUUAAGGGAUGGAUCCAAGGGGCACACUGAGCUUAAACCCGGGCAGGUUGUUCAUCGCAGGGUCAUGGAUGGGGAUGUUGUGUUUAUCAACAGACCCCCGACAACACAUAAACAUUCUCUUCAAGCGCUUCGGGUGUAUGUUCAUGAAGACAACACCGUGAAGAUUAACCCUCUGAUGUGUAGCCCCCUCAGUGCUGAUUUUGAUGGUGAUUGUGUCCAUUUGUUCUACCCUCAGUCUCUUAGUGCUAAGGCAGAGGUUAUGGAGCUCUUCUCUGUGGAGAAGCAACUGCUUAGCUCACAUACUGGACAGCUGAUUUUGCAGAUGGGUAGUGAUUCUUUACUGUCUUUGAGGGUAAUGCUGGAGCGGGUAUUUCUGGACAAGGCAACUGCUCAACAGUUAGCUAUGUAUGGCUCUCUGUCCCUGCCACCACCAGCACUAAGGAAGUCCAGUAAAUCUGGCCCAGCUUGGACAGUUUUCCAGAUUCUACAGCUUGCCUUUCCAGAACGUCUGAGUUGCAAAGGAGACAGAUUCCUGGUUGAUGGAAGUGAUUUGCUGAAGUUUGAUUUCGGGGUUGACGCGAUGGGGUCCAUCAUCAAUGAAAUUGUAACUUCAAUCUUCCUGGAGAAGGGUCCAAAGGAGACACUUGGAUUCUUUGAUUCGCUGCAGCCUCUAUUGAUGGAAAGUCUGUUUGCUGAGGGAUUUAGUCUAAGUUUGGAAGACUUAUCCAUGUCUAGGGCAGACAUGGAUGUAAUUCACAACCUAAUAAUCCGAGAGAUUUCACCUAUGGUGUCUCGCUUGAGAUUAUCAUAUAGAGAUGAAUUGCAGCUAGAGAACAGCAUCCACAAAGUGAAGGAAGUGGCUGCUAACUUUAUGCUGAAGUCAUAUUCCAUUCGGAACUUGAUUGAUAUCAAGAGUAACUCAGCAAUCACCAAGCUGGUGCAGCAGACAGGCUUCUUGGGUCUUCAGCUUUCUGACAAGAAGAAGUUUUACACGAAGACUCUGGUAGAGGACAUGGCUAUCUUUUGUAAGAGAAAGUAUGGCAGGAUUUCUUCAUCUGGUGAUUUUGGAAUAGUGAAGGGCUGCUUCUUUCAUGGGCUGGAUCCGUAUGAAGAGAUGGCUCAUUCAAUUGCAGCUAGGGAGGUAAUUGUUCGCUCUUCAAGGGGAUUAGCUGAGCCUGGAACCCUCUUUAAGAACCUGAUGGCUGUUCUUCGGGAUAUCGUGAUUACAAACGAUGGAACUGUAAGAAACACCUGUAGUAACUCAGUCAUCCAGUUCAAAUAUGGAGUUGAUUCUGAACGUGGACAUCAAGGUCUGUUUGAAGCUGGAGAACCUGUUGGAGUAUUGGCAGCUACUGCCAUGUCAAAUCCUGCAUAUAAGGCAGUGCUUGAUUCCUCUCCAAAUAGUAAUUCAUCAUGGGAGCUAAUGAAGGAAGUUCUGCUCUGCAAAGUCAAUUUCCAAAACACUACUAAUGAUCGGCGCGUAAUCCUUUAUUUAAACGAAUGCCAUUGUGGAAAAAGGUUUUGCCAGGAAAAUGCUGCUUGCACAGUCAGGAACAAGCUGAAUAAAGUUAGUCUUAAAGAUACUGCAGUGGAAUUCCUAGUCGAAUAUAGAAAGCAACCAACUAUAUCAGAAAUUUUUGGAAUUGAUUCAUGCCUACAUGGCCAUAUUCAUCUUAAUAAGACAUUGCUGCAAGAUUGGAACAUCAGUAUGCAGGAUAUACAUCAAAAGUGUGAGGAUGUAAUUAACUCACUAGGACAAAAGAAAAAGAAGAAAGCUACUGAUGAUUUCAAGAGAACAAGUUUGUCUGUCAGUGAGUGCUGCUCUUUCCGAGAUCCUUGUGGGAGCAAAGGUUCGGAUAUGCCUUGUUUGACGUUCUCCUACAAUGCCACCGAUCCCGAUCUAGAACGAACUCUUGAUGUUCUUUGCAAUACAGUUUACCCAGUUCUGCUGGAAAUAGUGAUCAAAGGUGAUUCACGGAUUUGCUCAGCAAAUAUAAUCUGGAAUAGUUCAGACAUGACAACGUGGAUCCGGAAUCGUCAUGCAUCCCGCCGAGGGGAAUGGGUUUUGGAUGUCACUGUUGAAAAAUCUGCUGUCAAGCAAAGUGGUGAUGCAUGGAGGGUUGUGAUAGACUCAUGUCUUUCAGUGCUUCAUCUAAUAGACACAAAACGGUCAAUCCCUUAUUCUGUAAAACAAGUGCAAGAAUUGCUUGGGUUAUCCUGUGCUUUUGAGCAAGCAGUACAGCGUCUAUCAGCUUCAGUGAGAAUGGUCUCCAAGGGAGUUUUGAAAGAACACAUCAUUCUCCUAGCAAACAACAUGACUUGUUCAGGGACUAUGUUGGGUUUCAAUUCUGGAGGUUACAAAGCUUUGACCCGAUCCUUAAACAUCAAGGCUCCAUUCACAGAAGCAACUCUGAUUGCACCAAGAAAAUGUUUUGAGAAAGCGGCUGAGAAAUGUCAUACAGAUUCACUAUCAACAGUCGUUGGGUCUUGUUCUUGGGGAAAACGCGUGGAUGUUGGUACAGGCUCACAGUUUGAGCUCCUAUGGAACCAAAAAGAGACUGGUCUAGAUGAUAAAGAAGAAACAGAUGUGUACAGCUUCCUUCAAAUGGUCAUAUCCACGACAAACGCAGAUGCAUUUGUUUCUUCCCCUGGUUUUGAUGUUACAGAGGAAGAAAUGGCUGAAUGGGCUGAAUCGCCCGAGCGAGACUCUGCUCUUGGAGAGCCCAAGUUUGAGGACAGUGCCGACUUCCAAAAUUUACAUGACGAAGGCAAGCCAUCAGGAGCCAACUGGGAGAAAAGCUCUUCGUGGGACAAUGGUUGCAGUGGUGGUUCAGAGUGGGGAGUCUCAAAAAGUACAGGUGGUGAGGCAAACCCGGAGUCUAAUUGGGAAAAGACUACAAAUGUUGAGAAGGAAGAUGCUUGGUCUAGUUGGAACACUAGAAAAGAUGCUCAAGAAUCUUCCAAGUCAGAUUCAGGGGGUGCUUGGGGUAUAAAGACAAAGGAUGCUGAUGCAGAUACAACACCAAACUGGGAAACAAGUCCAGCUCCGAAGGAUUCCAUUGUCCCAGAAAAUAAUGAGCCGACUUCUGACGUUUGGGGACACAAAUCUGUUUCAGACAAAUCGUGGGACAAAAAGAACUGGGGAACUGAAUCAGCUCCUGCUGCAUGGGGUUCUACAGAUGCUGCUGUUUGGGGUUCUAGUGAUAAAAAGAACUCGGAAACAGAAUCAGAUGCUGCUGCUUGGGGUUCCAGGGACAAAAAUAAUUCUGACGUUGGGUCAGGUGCUGGUGUUUUAGGUCCCUGGAACAAGAAGAGCUCGGAAACUGAGUCAAAUGGUGCUACUUGGGGUUCUAGUGACAAAACCAAAUCAGGUGCUGCUGCAUGGAAUUCUUGGGACAAAAAGAACAUAGAAACUGACUCAGAACCUGCUGCUUGGGGUUCUCAGGGAAAAAAGAAUUCUGAAACUGAGUCAGGUCCUGCUGCUUGGGGUGCUUGGGACAAAAAGAAAUCGGAAACUGAACCAGGUCCUGCUGGUUGGGGUAUGGGGGACAAAAAGAAUUCUGAAACUGAAUUAGGCCCUGCUGCUAUGGGUAAUUGGGACAAAAAGAAAUCGGAUACGAAAUCAGGUCCAGCUGCUUGGGGAUCUACAGAUGCUGCUGCUUGGGGUUCUAGUGACAAAAACAACUCGGAAACUGAAUCAGAUGCUGCUGCUUGGGGUUCUAGGAACAAAAAGACUUCUGAAAUUGAAUCAGGUGCUGGCGCUUGGGGUUCGUGGGGACAGCCAAGUCCCACUGCAGAAGACAAGGAUACCAAUGAGGAUGAUAGAAAUCCGUGGGUUUCCUUGAAGGAGACCAAAAGUAGAGAGAAGGAUGAUAAAGAGAGAAGCCAGUGGGGAAAUCCAGCCAAGAAAUUUCCAUCUAGUGGUGGCUGGUCCAAUGGUGGUGGUGCAGACUGGAAAGGAAAUAGGAACCAUACUCCUAGGCCACCUAGAUCUGAGGAUAAUUUGGCUCCCAUGUUUACAGCAACGAGACAGCGCUUGGACUCAUUCACCUCUGAGGAGCAAGAGCUGCUCUCAGAUGUUGAGCCAGUCAUGAGGACUCUCAGGAAAAUUAUGCAUCCGUCUGCGUACCCUGAUGGAGACCCAAUUUCUGAUGAUGACAAGACGUUUGUCCUGGAGAAGAUUUUGAACUUCCAUCCCCAAAAAGAGACAAAGCUUGGUUCUGGCGUUGACUUCAUCACGGUUGAUAAGCACACCAUCUUCUCAGACAGCAGGUGCUUCUUUGUUGUCUCAACUGAUGGGGCCAAACAGGACUUUUCAUACCGAAAAUCCCUCAACAACUAUUUGAUGAAGAAAUACCCUGACCGUGCUGAAGAAUUCAUUGACAAGUACUUUACGAAACCUCGGCCUAGCGGAAACAGAGACAGGAACAACCAAGAUGCCACACCACCUGGGGAAGAACAGUCUCAGCCUCCGAAUCAGUCUAUAGGUAAUGGAGGUGACGACUUUCAGACACAGACUCAGUCUCAGUCUCCAUCUCAGACUCGGGCUCAGUCUCCAUCUCAGGCUCAGGCUCAGUCUCCAUCUCAGACGCAGUCUCAGUCUCAGUCUCAGUCUCAGUCUCAGUCUCAGUCUCAGUCUCAGUCUCAGUCUCAGUCUCAGUCUCAGUCUCAGUCUCAGUCUCAGUCUCAGUCUCCAUCCCAGACUCAGACUCAGUCUCCGUCUCAGACUCAGGCUCAGGCUCAGUCUCCAUCAUCUCAGUCUCCGUCCCAGACGCAGACAUAAACUCUUGAGAACCAAAGAAGAUUUGGUUCGUUUAGGUAAACCAUUCAGUCUCCACUGUUUUGUUUUGAUGUACAUAAAGAGUGGAGAGAAUGGCGGUUUUUAUCAUUAAAAGACUCUGAUGUGAAGUGCAAAACAAUGUGUAAAUGCAGUUCUCUAGUUUCAGAUCGUUUGUCCUAAAAUCAGGUUUAGGGUUUCAGUGACCGGUUUAGUUAUAAAGUCUAGCGGCAUUGUAGUGAUGUUUUGACAUUGACUAUUUAUCGAGCAAUGCAUUUGCCAUCUCAUUUGCUUCUUGUUUGAAACCUUCGAGAGACG